AUUGUGGGGGAAUCUCAGUUUGAAAAUGAGACGCACUCAGAGCAAGACGCACGCAGCUGGCUCCGGUCUGCACCUCCCUGAACCUGGAUCUAGACUUGGACCAAGACUUGGAUCUGUGUGUCUGGCUUUCUCUCCCCUCUCCUUCCCUUGCCUCCUCGUCUCCUCUCCUCGUCUCCUUGGUUGAAUGUGCAGAGAUGGGCUGCAGAUUGAGUGUGAGCAGAGGCAGGAAUAGGUCUAAGCCUCGGCCCUUGCAGCGCUCCCAUGGCCCCGAAGAGCUACACUUCCGAGAUGAAUUUGGUCAACCAAUCACAGUGCAGCUUGAAGAGAGAGGGCGGGGUCAGUACAGACCAAUUGAAGCUCAUUGGGAGAUGGGUCAAACUCAGAGGCCAUGCUACGGUGAACCUUACAUUCCACCGGACCUCUACCCCUACAUGUCACAUGACCAGUUUCCCACUGCUAGCUGUGUCCCAAGUGUGUCCUACAGCCUAGAUCAAAUGGACCAGGUGGACCCAGAGUGGCUUCAGACCCAGUUCGCAUGCCCCUGGCCUCCUCCAGACCUCAGGCCAGAUCCCACCUUGGAUCUGGAUCAGGGUCAGUCUGGUCCUGGUCUGGUUCCGAACUUCCCCUGCAAUUCUUCUCAGUUCCUCAAGGGGAUGCUGCUCUCGGAGGCAGAGACUGACAUUGUGUCAUCACUCCCAGGCCACACCCCUUCAUCCCGUGGCUCCUCCCCAUCAGACUCUUUGACAUCAUCUUUGACAUCAGAGCCCAGUGAUUCAGGCUUUCACAGUGUCAGUACUGCAGGCCCCGCCCCUAGAGCUGUCGGCCCCUCCCCAGGACAUCACCGCCCGCAUCUUCAGAGAGGACGCUGGGAACUGCAAUCAAUUCCUGAGAACUGGAGUCCCGCUCCUCACUAUACGCAUCAACAUUCGGAUCCAAGGGGAUUCUGGGAGAUGCAGUCCAUCCCAGAGUCAGGAUCUAGGGCUAGCUGCAGCGUAGGCAACAGUACCACUACAACGGUUCACUUUCAUCGUCCAGAACGCAGCCCCACAUCUCCCCGGCAACACAGCCCCCGGUUACAGCGACAGCGUUCACCUGCUGCCACACCCCUCGGCUGCCGCACUGAGCCCUGCCAGCGAAGAGCGCUCUGGCUGCAAGAUGGAUCCAGAACUUUAACAGAACCAAAUCGAAGCCAAACUUUCACCAAUCUCAGCCAGAAUCAGAACCAGCAUCGGAGGAGAGCAAGCCAUCCCUGCACCCUCCAGGCUUCAGAGACCCGGACCUCCCAGAGCAUUCCAUCUGAGACCAGGUCUAAUCAGAUCAGCACUGCACCUAGGAGGAGCCUAUCCAGAACCAGCCAAUGGGAUCGGAGUUUGACCCAUGACAGACAACCCAGCUUAAACCAAGACCAAAACCAGGACUUCAACCAAAUCGCUCAAAAUUCUUCUACAUACACCCCACAACCCAUCACAACCAGAUCCAGAGAGUCCUUGGAUCAAGUCUUCACCAAGGUUAACCGGACCAGAGACCUUAGCCUGGACCAAAACCCUCACAGUCCUCUGACUCGGACCUCUCAGACUCUCAAAACUAGGUCCAACCGAGAGUCCACUCCCCAGUUUUACAGCACAGUCCAGUCCAGCCCCAGAUCGCCCAAUCAGAGGCCACUUCGGAGGCAUCGAGCUCCACGAUUGGUCCAUCAGAGGAGUGAUGUCACCACUGAUGAAGAGUUGUUCCCACCUCCCCAAGAUCGCCGCAGACCAGGACACAAAACCCGGAUCAGAUCCUCCCAGAGUCGUUCUGGGCCAGACCAGGAUCCACUCAUGGUCCUGAGAGACCAGAACUUGGACCGCAUAAGGACCAGGCAGAUUCUUGACGAGUGGACCACCAUUGAGGAGCUGCUGAGCCAUGGGACUAGAACAGAAAACAGGAGCAAGGGCUGGCCCAGUCCGCUCCUGUCUGUCACUACAGUCUGAUCAAACCAGAACAAGUACCAGAACCAGGACUAUCUACACAAGACCAGAACUAAGGCUAGAAACAGAGCCAAAACAGAAGAACCUAAAACCUGUGUUUACACAUAUCAGAUGAUGAUCAGAACCAAGUCCAAACCUCAUGUGGACCAGAACAAGAUCCAAUGCUGAUAAGAACUCUGUGACUGUUUCUAAAGGAGAGGAAACGGGUCCUGGAUUAAACUGUGAAUAACUAUGUGAAUACACUUUGUGAAACAAAAUUUGGUUUCAGACUAAGUACACAGCAAAAAAGAAAUACUUCAAUAUGAGUUUAAAUUCAUUUUGACUUGAGUAGUUUCUAGUAGGUUACAAGCUAAUCAAACAAUACAUAUUCUGUUGUCAGACAGGUGUAAAUAUUCAGGUAUAACUCUAGAGUAAAAUUUGCCCAAAGGCCCUGAUAUUCAUGUAAGGAAAAAAUAUGUUUUAACAACAAUAUAGGCUUAUAUAUAUUUUUUAAUUAAAAUAAAAAUAUGGUGAAAUUAAAAGUCAAAAUAUUACAACAGCCUCAUGUCCCAACCAAAUUUGGAUCCAGGCUUGGUUGUGAACCAAUCUGAACAUUUUUUAUUUUUAUUAUUAUUUUUUUAAUACAUUUUUUUCAUUAAUUUGGUGUGUGGCCAUUUUACUUGACCUGGAGCUGGCAAAUGCGUUUAUCUACAUAAUUGCCAUCAUUAGCAGCACCACCUCCUCAGACCUCUCUCUUCUCCCCCUGUAGACAACGAUGGCACUACAGCCUGAGAUUUCCUCAGUAGAGGAACCUCAGUUUCACACUGUGUGCAUUUAGCAAAUUUUAUUCCCAUCUUUACGAAACAAAUCUGUUUUACUGCUACCAAAAAAAAUCACUGUACACCUGACACCUUAGAGCCCCAAUCCCUUGCUCUAAACCAGUGUUUUUCUGAUUCCAGUUCACAGUUGUUAAAGAUGACUGAGGUGAGAGUGUGGUCCAGCUCAUUCUUUCACUCUCGUUUCCAUCUGAGGGUCUCCAUGGCGACUGUCUGAGCGUCUCCACGGUGACCGCUGCAUCACAGUUUCCACAGCAACACUCUGAUGACUCCAUCACUGUCGUCGUCAUUUAACCACCUCGUCAAUUCAGCAAGUUCACAAAAUCAUGACAGAAACACUAUUUAGCAGUCUUAACCAGGAUCCUGGCUCAGAUCUGGUCCACUGCUCCUGACAGGUGCAGUAGAUGAGGGCAAUGGGUCAAAUGAAGAGAAAUAUUACUACACAGAAAAUACAGCAACAAUAAUAUAUAGUACAUGUAUCAAAAACGUUGUACAGUUUAGUGCUUAGAGGGAGCAAUCUCACUCAGGACAGAAUACAGCUUUAUUUGAUGUUCCAGAUCAGCACUAAAAAUGUCCCUUUACUACCCUUUGUGGCUGAAAAUAUCUUUGUGUCAGCUAGGAUAUGAAGCAAAGUGUUCUGCUGUUUGAGGCUAUUUGUGAACCUAACUCAACCUAUGUGUUGCUAACAAACUGUGGUUAAAUAAUGUACAGGCAUGCAGUGCAGGUAAUUAUGCUUAGGAACCGAGUUUAUGUUUCAUCUCAACUGUAGUUCUUUACAGAUGGCGUAUAAUAAUUAACAAAUAUUACGCUAGUAGUGGCACAUUGAAGUUACAGAGGAACAGUUCAUAUCAGGACGAAGAGGGUUUGUUUGUGGUAUUUUUGUAAAUAAAGCUGUUUAAAUUAAGUCUAAAUUUGUAUGUUUUUUAUUUCAGCUAUAGUACUGUGACAGGACUUGUACUAGGCAUGGGAAUGAUGAUGCAACAGUACCCCUCCAGUUCCCAGAUGAACGCUUAAAUAAAUACAUCGUUU